AUUGGGAAUGGGUUUGCUCACUUCAGACAGAACGACUCUAUAACGUGUCACGUCAUUAGAAAUCACCCGUCCAGUCGUUUUUACUCUCUGGACUACGUGUUACACCAGGAAAAACGACAUCAUAAAGGAUUUGUGUCUGAAGGGUGGUCUGCCAUCAGCAUGGUGCUGCUGUAGUGGAGAGGAACGCCACCACCAGUCACUCACCAUGCUUCAGUUACACGCCAGCUGCAGGCCUGUCUGGCUCAUCUGUGGUCUCCUUGGCCUUUCAGUGGUACACACUCAUGCCCAAAAUGUCCUGACUGUACCUCAGCAAGUGAGCUUGUCACCUAACAUGAAAAUGCAGCAAAUAGCCAUAUCCUGGCUGGGAGGUGGAGCCACAAUGUUUGAUGUCAUGAUCCUCAGGACAGAACUUAAUCAAACUGUCUUCUAUGACACACUUCCUGUGACUGUAAAUCAGGCAACAGGUCGGUACGAGUGGAAUUGGACCUCCACAGAACCUCUACAAUGUACCUCAUUGUCCAUCCGAAUCCGCUCAAGAGAGGGGCAGGCGAUGAGCGAAUGGAGUGAGACGCAGAUCCACCAAGGAAAUGAUCUGCCCACCAAUGUGAAGUUCCAGCUGUACCCUCAGGACAGAGUUGUGACUGCAGGGGGCAGCACCACCUUCUGUUGCAUUGUGGCGGAGGGGCGGCUUUUUGGUUCCAUACGUUACGGCAACACGAUAAUGAAUGCCACGCGGCUCAGUAGGCGGAGUUAUGGCUUCACAGCGGACGACCAGGUGCCAACUAACAGAACAGGGACCAAUGUCAUUUGCCAGGACAGCCUCGACAAGACCAAGCUGUCUGGAACCGUGGUCUUUGUUGGAUAUCCUCCUCUGCUCAGUGAUUUUUUGUGUGAGACUCAUGAUUUGACGUCCGCCGUGUGCCAGUGGAAGGAAGUGCGAGACACCCGAUUGUACAGAAAGCGGGGAACAAUCUUCUCACUAAACAACAGGAAAUGUGCGGAGGCCACCGUGCAAGAAUGGUUCAGGAUGUGUAGUGUGGCACAAUGGGAGGGUAACUGGACGCUGGAAGCUGUGAAUCCUUUGGGCGUCUAUCGCAUGUCGGACUCUGCUGAAAUCUGGCACAGAGUGCGGCCAGUCGCACCUACAAAGCUGAUGGCUGUUAUCAGUGCAUGGAAUGCUAGUGUGCUGUGGAAGUGGGAAUAUGAAAGCUAUACUUCCCUGGCUCUCGUCUGCCAGGUAGAGCUCAGUUCUCAAAGCAAUAAAACAAAGCGCACCUUCACAGGCGUUGGUCUGAGCACGGUGCUUCUUCUGGACCUGUAUCCUGAUGAGGAUUACAGUGUUAAAGUACGCUGUGGUGCCCAGAAGAAUUUCUGGAAGUGGGGAAACUGGAGUCAAGCCAUUUCUUUCAAAACAAAUAUUGAUGUUCCAGAUGCUCCAAAUGUGUGGAUACAUAUCAACAAUGACAACACUGGACAGAUUCUUUGGAUGCCUCUGACAGCAAGAGAAAGCCACGGUCAGAUCACAUCUUACGAGGUGACGCUUUGGAGCCCUGAGCAGAACCUGCAGCACACAGAAACCCUUUCUCCCGACACUUUCGAGCUCCCGAUCAACCUCACCCAAAUAGCUGCCUUCAGCAAUGGCAACGAGGUCAUGGCAACUGUCCUCGCCAAGAACGCCGCAGGGGCGUCUCCACCUAUAAGUGUCAUUUUUCCUCUACAUGUCGCAGAUAAGAGUAAUAUUACUGUGUCGAGGGUCGUUUAUAUGGACAGAGGUUUCCCUCUGGUCUGGCAGGAUGAUGCCAACUCCAGCUGUGGUUAUGUAGUAGAGUGGCAUGACGCCCUCUGCCAGCAGGACUGCCCUGUGGAGUGGCUCAAGCUGGCCAUGGGAAAAACAAACGUCUCCAUUGAGUCAGCCAACUUCCAGCCGGGUGUGAGGUACAACAUCUCCCUGUUUACAUGCACAUUAGAGCUGCUGCAGCGUUGGCAGGGCUACAUGCAAGAGCUGGCUCCAUCCAGGUCUGUCCCUCAGCUACAAAUUAGUCAACAGGACUCUGACGUUAUCUUAACAUGGGGAGCCAUCCCGGAGGUCAGCAGGCGAGGCGACAUCCUGGGCUACAAUGUUUACAUGAGCAAUGACUCCCACCUUGUGAAACUAGCCAAUCUGUUGGGACAAGGAAGCAGGGAGUACAUAGUUAAGGCUCUCUCGGAGGGUUCCUAUAAAUUCACGAUCAAAGCCUACACCUCAGCAGGCGAGGACACGGGUGCCACCAUCUCCAUCACAGUGGAGCCCCUCGCUGAUUGGCUCAUCCUGGAAAUGCUGGCCUCUCUGGGAUGUACAGCUUUAUUGCUCGCCAUUGUCACCUUCCUUUGCUAUAAGAAACGUAAAUGGGUAAAGACUGCAUUCUAUCCGGACAUCCCUCAGCCUAAACUGAACGAUGACUGGACCAGAACACGGGGACCACUGGAUGUGACGCUAUCCCCCCACAAUAUGGUCCAUGUUGUGGAAAAGCCACAAUUUGACUCAAUAAAAGAGGUGCUGGUGGGCAUUCCCGAAGAGGACGAGGAGGAAGAGGAGCAGAUAAUACGAGACGAGCCGGUCGACACAGAUGAGCCCACCUCAUUACACUACUACAACCAAAUGAUCGAUGAGCGUCCCAUAAGGCCACGCUUCCCGGACUCCUCUGAUUCUUCUGGGUCUUCACUGGACUCGGGACACACUGAUGUGACUUAUACAGGGAUCCAAACUUCAGCGUCAUCUUUGGUCUUCCAGACGAGUCAACAGGGCCCCUCCGAGGGCCACCAGGCCAACAUGGCUAUAAGCGGAGGUGGCUACCGCCCUCAGACGCGAUCUACAGCACCUAGCGACGAUGCACUUCUGCCGCAAUCUUCCCAAGAGCCCCAAGCUGCCUGUUCUGGAGGCUACAAACCCCAGACCUCCUGGCAUUUGGACUCGCCUGAGGACUCUGGUGAACGGGACGGCCUGGCACCCCACUUAGGGUCACCCACCUCUGUGGCUUCCACCCAGUUCCUCCUCCCCGACAGCGAGUCCGAGGAGCACCGCGAGGAGAAACGUCAGCACUCAUCAUCCGCGGCAAGCUGGUUCACCAACCUACUGGCUUCCACAAAACCAUGAUAUCCUGUCAUUAGAAGCUGCCCAGCCAACGGGUAGACUUAACACUUAUACAUUCUUUUCCAGUGACAUGCAGCAAACAAGCCUCAUAGGCCAAAACCUAAUUCCCCAUUGGAUGUAGCAGUCUGCACAUUGACCACAGGUGAAAAAUAUGAACACAUACUUCAUUUCCUCAUAUAGUGGCACUCAACCACAGAGCGUACCAGGCAUCUUUUAAGGGUAAGACAUUGUUACACAUUUUUCCCACAAAAAUAAUGAUACUUCAUCAAAAUAACACGUAUUAGAAUAUAAUAUACACAACAUAAUGUAAUAUUUAUAAUAUACACCAUUAUUAUACUAGUAUAUUGUAUUUAGGCUUUCUUAUAGUUGUUCUGAACACUUGUUGCUAUUUAAACUUCACUGUAUACUUCAGCUUUACAGAUGCCAUAUCUGCUGUGCAGGCAGUGAGUGUUAUAAUGGUAUCAGGCACAGUGUAGGUAAUUACUGCAACUUAGUGAUACUUUUUUUGGAUGGUAGAAAAGGACAUGCCUGUUUGGGUUAAGGUGUUAAUUUGGCUUGGCGAUUAACUGUAGCACAGCAUCUAUUAGAGCAGAGGCCACUAUUUGGGGAAAUUUGGUACAUUUAUUGGCUUUCUUCAUGUCUCCGGGGGCAUUUAGCACAGGCGUAAAGUGGUGUUUCAGUGAUGCAGCUUUUAGUUUGUGUUUAAUUUUGUGUUACUCAUUGUGAUGUGAAUUUAAAUACACUACAAAAUGAAACUGAAAGUAGGACCGUUUCAAACCAAACAUUUCCAGAGAAGAAACCCUACAAAGGAAGUGUUUUUUUAUGUUUAACACGAGUGUAGGGUGUCUGUUACGUUGUCUUUGAUUGGCCCUCUCAUAAGAUUUUGUCAGCUUGAUGAGCUAUUGUGAUCCAGUUGAAACAUGCACUUUGUAAGGAGUCAUUAUUUUACAUACAGUCAAGACGUGAUUUAUUUUAUGCUCUGGAAUUGUCUGGAUGAUGAUGACACUGAUGAUAUAAGCUAGAACAUGAAUCCAUGUACUGAACAAAUGCUAUCAUGUUAAUUUCAAAUGUUUACAUUUUUUUCUGUCCUCUUUAAAUCUGUACUUUUUGUGUAAAUAUUUCACAGGCCAGUCUUUUUUUUUUUUUUUUUUUUUUUUCUUGUCACAUGUACGUAUAAUGUUACCUGCUCAUCCAUGCAAGUAUUGAAAGGAACCUUUUGGGAGUUUAUGGUGGCAUUUAAGUGUAAUGCUUCCAGUCACCUUUCGCACACUGUCCAGCUCCUGAGUGUUGUGCAUUAUGGGGAAAAGACUGGCUCACAGAGAACAGAACAGCAAUGUGUGGAAGAUAUAGUCCCUACUCUACCAAUAAUGGAAUGUUUUUCUUUGGAUAAAACAUUUGCUUUUUUUGGCAUUUCCAUAUUGCCCCUCAUAAUACGGCUGAACCAAUACCUUUCCAGUCCUCGUGGCAACUUGUCACUUCAGACCUCUGUUUCUCAGUGCCUCCAGCCGACAAGCUUUAAGUACAACUACUGUGACUACAUUAACGUGGAUGGAACUGGAUGAUUUUGCUGGUCGACUUCUCAGACGGUCCUUUUUUGACUACUGAGAAAAAUGUAAUACCCUUCUCCUUUAAGUGAUGCUGUUCUUGUUUUACAAGAAAUAUUCAUUGACCGGAUUUAAUGUGGAUUGUCAAGUUACUGUCCAAGCCAAUAUGAGAUCAUAUGAAAUAGAGCAGGGGUUUUCAAAGUGUGACCACCGCCGUGGUGGUGGUGCAGCACCUUGAGAAGAAUCAGGAAAAAUAUAUUUUUCCAACCUGCUAAGCUAAAUUCAGUUAUGGUUAAAGGCAAAAUUAAAUGAUGUUUAGUUCCUACAUUGAGCGAGUAAACAGAGUCUGGGUUGAGAAGAAAAGACCACAAAAUAUGCUCCAGAAAAUCAGUUUUUCAUCAAGUGCGGCAGGCUCCAACUGUAUUAUUUUCUCUAAAGGGAAGGCCACACUUUGAAAACCGCUGAAAUAGAGGAUGUAGUUUUAAGAAUUUAAACAUGGCUGGACAUUGUUUUCCCUUUUUAAAGUCAUGCUGAGUGUGUUGCUAGCUUUUAUGAUGGUUUGUGUCAACAGUCUCUCUAUGGUUUAUACUAAACUUUGCUGACACAGGAAACUAUAUUGUUUAACCAAUACUUACUGGUGACAAGCCAGCUUCCCGAAGAAUGUAUCCAAAUGUUUGAUUAUAGCAGAUAUUGUGAUCCUGUCUUCCAAUAGUGGUUUAAUCAGCCCGCUAUCACAGCAUUGUGACAUUCAUGUGUCAAUGUAUGCUUGCUGCCUUACACCAACCCACACUCACCGAUUUGUAAAAGCAUGCUGCAAAAUCCUUAUCCUUAUGCCUUUUGACUUUCUGAAGCUUUAAAACUAACACUAACUAAUGCUGUGCAUGACUAUAUGACAAAACAUGAACUUAUAAAUGUUUUAAAUGCUUAUGAUGUUGCAGUGAGCAUUCAUUCUUGUAUGAUGGUCAUCAUUCCUGAAGAGGAUGAGUAGGAGACAGGAAAUGGGUGUUUCUUCUGAACCAAUGCUUAAUGUUAACGCUAACGACAAACUGAAAUGUUACUGAUGUAAACAAUAAAAACUAAUUUGU